UAAUUGUAGAUUGAAGUGUCAAUGUGCAUGAGCACCUCACUUACUUCAUCUGUAAGAAGAGGACUUUUGUAGCUCUUUGGGGUGCUUCCUUUCAUCUGAGAAAGAACACACAGACAUUUUGAGGAACAGCAUGAAGAGGAAACCAGCACUUUAGACUGCAGUCUCAAGAUACAACUGACACCUGAGAUAUUUGAGACAGCAUACACAGAUGAAAGAUAGGAGUGUGUUUCAUGUGAUAUUGGAAUAUUCUACCAGGAGGUCCACACCCAAAAGUUAAAGACAGAUCUGAGGUCAGAACUCUCGUCAGGGCUUGAUAGCUGAAUCGACACAAGUGUCUUGUCCCACAGACAUUAUCCUGAGACAUACAAGAACUUACUAAAGCUGAGGACCUUUGGUCUGUGAGAGCAGAUCUGUCAAUGGCUUCACAGACCAUAAACUUCAUCACUUGGAAUGUUAAUGGACUUAAACAAAACAGAGACCAAAAAUUUCAAGAACUACAAAAUGCAGACAUUGUUUUCUUACAGGAGACGCACAUCGGAACAGGAGAUGAACAUAUAAAAGACUAUAAAGAUGAGUGGUAUAUAUUCUAUACAAAGUACACCUCCUCAAGCAAGGGAACAGCCAUACUAGUGAGAAAAAGCCUAGAUUUUGAACACUUAAGUGAUGAAAGAGAUAACUGUGGAACUUAUGUUGUGUUGAAAUGUAAACUGGAAGGUCAGUUGUACACUCUGGUUAGUGUUUAUAACCAUCACACAGACGCAAAAACCCUUGAUAAUCUUUCAAGCUACCUGCAGUCAAUGACCACAGGGCUGCUGGUGAUCGGUGGAGAUUUCAACACAGUUCUCAAUCCAUUUAUUGACAAAAAAUGUAAUACAAGCAGGAAGAUAAAGAAUGGAAAUCAACGUAAACUGCUCUUAUUUGUGAAAAAGUUCAUGAAAUCUCUUCAGCUGGUUGAUGUCUGGAGAAGAAAGAACCCCAUACAGCAGGAUUAUACAUUCUACAUAAAAGACUCUCCUGCGUCCAGACUGGAUUACUUCUUCAUUCCAGAAGAAUGUACGUGGCGUGUCAGAAGUUGUGACAUUAGAAACUCAGAGAGGCCCGACCAUCGGCCUGUGUUUUUAGAGAUCAACAACAUCCCUGCAAUGCCUUUUCAGAAAGAUUGCCAUAUACCAACAAUCUUCCAAUGGCUGAAUCUAAAACAGUAUCUUUUGACAGAUGAGACAGGUUCAUUACUGGGUGAAGAAAGCUCACAGGCACUCAGUGAGGUUGACAUUUUCUCAGCUGUAAAUUCUCUUCAAGUGUCAGACACACCGAGACCAGACAGUUUCCCAGUUUCCUUCUACAAAGACAACAUUCAGCAUCUAAUUCAAUAUAUAAAGAUGCUCUAUGACAGAAUCCACAGCGGUGCAUUUAACUGCUCUGAGAAACACUUUAAUGAAACUGUGAAAAGUCCCCAUGACAAUAGUCAACACUUCUUUAACGUUGAUUACCUCAUCAUUGCAACCAUUCUGGCAAAACGUCUAGGUGAUUACUUGGAGUCUCAGUCAAAGGAUCAUGCACCAAAAGAUUCAGCUACUGUCAUGAUCACUCCCAAAACAUUCUGCACUGAGAUGAGGUUAUCUCAUAUUCAGGAUGAAAUAGAAAAGCAAAAACAGUCAAACCCAAAUCUGUAUCAGGAUUUCCUUAUUGUGAAAAACCUCCUCAGAGAUGCACCAGAAGUAGAUACUGAAUCUGUAGCUGUUUUAAUCAAGAGAGACAAACUGCUGGAUCAGGGCUGCCCUUUGACCCCAGUUCUCAUUAUGCUGGCUCUGAAAUGCGUUGGCUCUGCAUUAGCUGGGCAUUUAAAACAGCAGGAUAUUUUAGUUUUCAAAGACAGCGUGAUACUUUGCACUCAACCCGAGGACCUUGAGAAAGUAUUAGCUGCUGUGAGGGAAAGAGCUAAUGAAGUGUUUUACAUUGAGGAAUUAUACAGAGGAAAUGUUAAUGGUAAACAAUUAAAGUGCUUGGGAAAUGAGUCUAUGCCUGAGGAUUGGAAAAAAAGGGAAGCAGAAACACUCAUGAAUAGCAUUCAAUAUAAAAUGGACAAAGGCAAUACAGAGAGUAGAGUCUGUGAACAGUUUGAUUUUUGGUCUAUGAUAAAUGAGCAUAAAGAAAUUCUGAUGGAGGUUGGUGGAAGAAAGAAAAUGUAUGCAGUUGUUACUCUGCAAGACUCAGAUGAGGUGGCGGUGGCACCAACAAACUGGCUGAGCCUAGACAAGAAACAAUGUUACUGGCCGCCAUUCAAAUCACCAGACAAGUGCAUGGAAGCUGUUCAGAACAGAAUUAAACCUGAAACAGGAGGGAAACCAUGGGAGAAACUAAACAUUAGCUUUCACAGAGAAUAUUUCACUUUUGAGAAGUCAAAAGAGGAGCAACAAGAAAUGAAAGAACGGAAAGAACGGUCAUAUCUAUUAUCCACUGGAUUCCCUGGAAUGCUAAAAAGACAAAGACUUGAAAGCACUCAAGAAAUGUUAAAACAACAACUUCCUCCUGCACCAUCUGCAUCUACAUUCAGAAUGUCAGCUGAUGACAAGGACGAGCUUCUCCAAAUGCUGAGAGACAUCAAGAGCACGGUUCAGGAAAACUCUGCUAUGUUAAAGAAACUACUAAAAGACAAUACAGCUUCUGAAGUCCCAAGCAGUACCAGCAUUGCUCCUAAAGAUGUUAAAACAAACCUAAAACUGCCUCUUAGAACCAUUAAAGAUGUUGCCAGGACUGAAAGACAGCUCAAAAAGAAUGCAACAACAUGGCAAAAAUAUGUAAGAUAUCUGUCAAGACUUGGAGGUUUUGGGCAAAAGGAUGUGAUUAAGAAUAUUAUGCAGCAUCUCCUAACAGAUGAUCUGGCCUCAAAGUUUAACUGGCAGGGGAGAGGAAUUAAAGAGCCCUUCUCUAAGCUUAUCUUAACUGAUGUAAUCAGAGAUGCUGCAUCAAAACAAAGUGUAAUGAGGAUAGACUGUGAUGCUGAAAUAAAAAAUUAUUUGUGGUCCAUAGCUGAUCGAAUCGGUCGGAAUAGACCAAGAGAUUGUGGAGGUCUGACUUCAGAUGUGACUUCUGCCUUGCUGCUGGACAGUAGCUUCCACUCAGUGACUGGAAUGCCUUUUGACUGAGUUUUGAAACAUUUAUUCAUAGGUCAUGUAAGCUUAAUUGCCUACACAUUAGACAUUAAUUUUGUAAAGAACAAUAUGUGUACUAAUCUAGCAUGCUAGUAAUACUUCAGAUAUGGGCUCUUGAGAUAAAAUUAUUAUAAUACUCAAUUUUUAAUCAAUGUAAAUGUAAAUAUAUAAGGUUAGGGUUAGGCAAGGGUUUUUAUAUUGUGGUAAUAUAAGAUGAGAUCCAUCAGCCUUUAGCUGUCUAGAGGAAAAUAAUGAAAAACUGGAGAAUGUGUUUGACUGUGGUAUCACUGCAUGCAUAGACAGGUUUUCAGGUGUAUUAUAGCAGUGGCUUUAUUUCUCUGAUCCAAUAAUGUUCCUUUCCUCAAUAACAAAUAACUAGUUGUGGUGUUUAAUACAAAUAGGCUAUUUCUUUCUUUUCAGUGUUACUUAAAUGAGAUGUAAUGAUUUCAUGCAAAAUAAACCACAGCCGCACAUAACAUUUA